GAGCCGCGCCCCCCUCACGCCAACAGCCUUCGGUACGAGAAGUGCACCCCGCUCGCCUCGCGUAGCUGUGGAGCCAGUUUGGUGCAAAGGCGUGCAGAGGGGGCUAGCUGGGUUCCCAACCGGACCCGACGUAGACCCGGGAGUGGUGCGCUCCUUCUCAACGGGAUGUGCAGAUGGAGGCCGGAGGAGACCCUGCUGCCCCAGCCCCCGGGGACGCCGAGGACUUGGAGGACACGCGGCUCCCCAGUGAGGAGGCUGGAGACGGUGGAGGGGUUCAGGAGGACCCUACAGAUUCCGAGGACCGGAGCCUGGAGGAAACAGGAUCCAAGACCAAGGACCAGCCACCCAGCCUGCUGUCACCACUGCCCCAGUCAGAGUCCCCUUCAUGUACCCGUGAGCUCUGGGAUCCUGCAGCCUCUGAGAAUAAUGCCAUGGAUGACUCUGAGAGUGGCUCCGGGGGCCAGGGCGGAGAUCCAAGUGACGAGGACUGGCGCAGCAAGCGAAAGCACGUGUUUGUACUGAGUGAGGCAGGCAAGCCCAUCUACUCGAGGUACGGUAGUGUGGAGGCACUGUCGACUACCAUGGGUGUGAUGACAGCUCUCGUGUCUUUCGUGCAGAGUGCAGGAGAUACCAUCCGCGCCAUCUAUGCUGAGGACCACAAGCUGGUGUUCCUACAGCAGGGCCCACUGCUGCUGGUGGCUGUGUCAAGGACUCCUCAGUCAGCAGCCCAGCUGCGGGAGGAGCUUCUAGCUGUGCACGCACAGAUCGUGAGUACACUGACCCGUGCAAGUGUGGCCCGCAUCUUCGCCCGUAAGCAGAACUACGACCUCCGCCGCCUGCUAGCUGGCUCCGAGCGCACCCUAGACCGGCUUCUGGACAGUGUGGAGCGGGACCCAGGUGCCCUGCUCCUGGGUGCGGUCCGCUGUGUGCCCCUCACUCGCCCGCUGCGGGAAGCACUGGGUACACUGCUCCGACGUUGCACAGCACCUGGCCUGGCACUGUCCGUGCUGGCGGUGGGUGGUCAACUGGUGACAGCAGCCCAGGAGCGGAAUGUGUUGGCUGAGUGCCGGCUGGACCCAGCUGACCUGCAGUUGCUGCUCAACUGGGUCAGUGCACCUGCCUUUGCAGCAGGGGAAGCGUGGGCACCUGUGUGCCUGCCCCGCUUCAACCCAGAUGGUUUCUUCUAUGCCUAUGUGGCCCGCCUGGACGCCAUGCCUGUCUGCCUGCUGCUACUUGGCACUGACCCUGAGGCCUUCCAUGACAUGGCCACCUGCCGGCGCCUGGUGGAAGACGGCAUGCACACGCUUGGUGCCAUGCGUAACCUUGGGGAGGCUGCCAGUUUCUCUAAUGCCCCAUCAGCCACUGCCCCAUCCUACAGUGUGCAGGCCGUGGGAGCACCUGGCCUUCGUCACUUCCUCUAUAAGCCACUGGACAUCCCUGACCAUCACCGCCAGCUGCCUCAGUUUACCAGCCCUGAGCUAGAGGCCCCGUACAGCAGAGAAGAGGAACGGCAGCGACUGUCGGACCUAUACCACCGCCUGCAUGCUCGCCUCCAUAGUAGCUCCCGGCCGCUGCGCCUCAUUUACCACGUGGCUGAGAAGGAGACUCUGCUGGCCUGGGUAACCUCUAAAUUUGAGCUCUAUACCUGCCUCAGCCCCCUGGUGACCAAGGCAGGUGCCAUCUUGGUAGUGACCAAACUCCUACGCUGGGUGAAGAAAGAGGAAGAUCGGCUUUUCAUUCGUUAUCCACCCAAGUACUCGACACCUCCGGCAGCCUCAUCUGCCUCUACGGACCAAGCUUCCCAUAAUGGCUUGUUCACUGGAUCUUGAGUGGCAGAACCUCCCAGAUGGGGCAGUGCUGGGAACAACUACCUUUGGCUCUUACCUUCUGUCUCCACCCUGCAAAGGGGGAGCUGGAAGGGGUGGGGUGGUUGAUGGUGGUGUCUGUGGCUGGUCUCUCUCUCCCUGGACAAUAAGGCAAGAUCUGAGGGCUUGCCCACGAAUGAGAGAUGACUGGACAUAGGUCAGCAGGCUGCUUCCUCAGCCCCUCCUGCAUCUCCACCUAUGGAGAAAUCCUUAGGCUUCUUCCCUUCCCUCUGCCUCACUAUCUCCACUUGGAUGAUGUUCCAGCCUCUGUCAGGGACUUUCUCCUCCGUUACCUAGGCACCAUGCCCUCUGUCCUGCAUCUGGAGUUGGCCUCCACGGUGGGCUCUUAGCCCUGAGUGUCCAGGGAUGGCCAAGGUCUCUGUGGGUGACCCAUGGGACCAGCCUGUGCUGGAACUGACCUAAAGAUACUUAAAAGAAAAGGUCUAGACCAAUCCCCACAGGGACAUUCUUUCGCCCUUGUUGUACUUCAUCUCCCUGUCAAAAGGGACCCCAUCAGUGUUGGCUGCUGCUAAUGUUAAUGAGAAAGGUGGUCCUCGCAGUCUGUCUGUGUAACCCAGGGCAAAGCCCCCGACUUCACACAGAGAUCCAGAACUUUUACGUAGGAGGUGACUUAACUUCUAAGGCUCCUUCUGCUCAUUCGUGAAAUAGAGAUAACUGACCUCUCACCGGCUAAGUGAGCAUUUGUGAAUGAAAAGGGACUCGGACCCGUGUGUACCACCCCACGACACAUGGACAUUUGCCCCAGACUUUCUGACAACCUGCACUACACGAGCAACCUGGAGGGGGCGAGACCUUUCUAAUUUGUAUAUGUACUCACAACACUCGGUCCCCAGUCACUAAGACCCUAGUUCUAGCCUUGUUUUCUCCAAGCGAAUUACAGCCGCAUGUCGCUGAGCCAGAGGCUCACGGAAACUCCUUUGCGCUCAUCCUGGUCCAGUGCUGCACGCAUGCGCGCUGCAGAGCCUUCCUGCCCUCGCGUGCUCCUCCCCCCCCCCCCAUCAAUUGUCGAAGGCGCAUGCGCCUAACUAACUCCUGCUGGGAAAAUGGCGGCCAAGUUGGAGCCGCUGGCGGCCUCGGAGGAGGCGGAGGAGGGCGAGGGCAAGGGAUGCGCGGGUAAGCCGGCCGCGGCCAGGGCAGAGGGGAAGCCUCUGUCCCAGUCCAAUAGAGAGAGAUUGAUAGCAGUUCCAAAAAAAAAGGAGUAAAACUUUAGGCCUUUUAUAACAAGGUAAAUAAUACUUAAGUAUGCAUCUCUUCAAGCAACGGAUGGAGGUAGACAUUCUCACAAAAACCACCCUGCUGCCACAUCUGAGGAAAUUCACAGUAACUCCCCAUCCUCUGACACCCAGGCGGUUCACACGUUGUGUGGACUUUUAAAUCCUAAUCCCACAGACCAGACCGCUUUUCUCCAGGGCGUUGUGACAAUGAUGCCCACACCUUCGGGAGAGGGGAGGGAGGGGAAUUGCCGUCUAGAAAAGAAGAAAACCCCCAAGACUGUCCCGCCAUGUACCCGUCACUGUUUCAACAGCUGCCACCUUUCCGCCCUCCGCUCACCCAUAACCCCCUUUCUGCAGCCUAAACCGCUGUGUUAAUAAACACGGUUGCAUUUUGUCCAGACCUGUCUGCAGACAUCGACAAUAACUUGUUUAUUGUCCUAGGAUGUCAGCGCCAUGAGAACCAUUCGUUGCUCUUUCCCCAAGGCCCAAACAAUGCCUGCUUGGCACAUAGUAGGUGCUCAAUAAUUUGUGUAUUGUAUGAAUAAUGAAGUAACUAACAUGGAGAGCUCUCUCAGAUUAGGGCCACACAUUGAAUGCCAGCUUUCUACAAAGACCCGACAGAAAUGAGACCGAUGCCAAUAGAUCUCAUUGAGCACUUACUGCAGCUGCCACCUACUACAAAGCUUUUAGUAUCCACUUUCAAGUUUGUCACAAUUGAAGUUACUUCAUCAGCAAGGAGGAAAUUUAAGAGCAGGUGAUGUUACCAUUUUUAGCCAUUAAAAUUGGCUUUAUAAAAGGAGAGAUGAUAUCUAAUAUUGAUUACUCUGGGGGGAAAGGCCAUCUUUUAUCUCACUUGGAGAGCUGACCAGUAAACGCUUAGCUGGAGGCAGUUUGGCAGAACAUUUUUAGCAUCUAAAAUGCUAGUCACUAUAUUCGGCCACCGUGCUUAGUAAUCAGGAGAAUAUAGAGAUACCUGGGCCAGAAAAAGUCAUUAGGACAUUGUUGAUGGAAGCCAAAAAAAAAAAAAGGAGCAAUUAUGGAAAUGGCUAAGCUUAGGUAUAUUCAUGCAUAUUGUGGAAUGCCUGUGUGUGGUGGACCUUUAAAAUUUUUUGAGCAGCAGGAAAAAAAAUGGUUAAAUUGCAAUUUAAUUUAAAAUAAUUAAAAUUUAAAAGGAUAAGACCAUGAUUUAUUGGCACAGAAUGAACUCUAAAAAGAUAUUUUUAUGAGGAAAAAGUUUGGAUUUCCAAAAUAAAGUAGAAGCAAUGUCAGCCAUAGCCCUUUGUAGGUUGCACAGAAAAAUAUCUGAAGGCAAAAGGCCUCACUGAUGACUCUUAAUAAGGGACUUGGAUCUUGGGGGCUGUGCAAAAGUGGAGACAUUUUUGUGAUGGUUUUUCUUUUAGGAAACUGUAAGUAGCACUGCAUAAUUUUUUAAAAGAUGAGAACGAGGGAAAUUUGAAUUGCAUCCGAGAAUCAUAUUAAUAUUGGUUAAUAUUGGCAUCUUGGUUUGGAUGGUUGUACUGUGGUUAUCUGGUAGAUUCCCCUUGAAUAGAGUAAAUAUACACUGGAACAUUAAGGAAUAAUGGGCCAUGGUGCCUGCGAUUUAUGGUACAGAAACGCUCACAAAUGGGAAACCUGAUACAAGGCAAGUAGGAGCACUGUGGUCUAUUUCUACAACUUUUAUGUACAUCUGAAAUGAUUUCAAAAUAAAAUGUUUAAAAGGGG